AUGGAAGUUCCAUACCCGGACCAAAGGAGGCCACUUUAUUUGGAGGGACAAAUGAACGAUGUGUUUAUAAGAAGAGCUUUGGUAGACACGGGCUCCUCUAUCAAUAUACUACCUCUGUCUGUGCUUAUGGCAGCUGGUAUUCCAUUAUCCAAAAUCGUGCAAUCUCAAACAAGCAUCAGCGGUUUCAGGAAUAUGAGUAAGAUCACGGUCGGACACAUGCAAGUAAACUUGAAGGUAGGGCCAAUCCGGUCACUUACCAAGUUCUAUGUGGUGGACAUAGACGUGGCUUAUCAUGCUUUGCUGGGAAGGCCAUGGCUCAACAAGCAUAAACUUGUGGUCUCUACUUACCAUCAAUGUGUAAAAGGAAGAAUCGGGCUAAGACCACUUCGUAUACCGGGGAACCAAGCACCGUUCAAUCAAAGCGAAGCUCACUACUCCGAGGCAGAAUUCUACACUGAGUGCACAGGCGUUGGAAGCAACCCAUCCAAGAAUUCUGGGACUUACCUACCAUCGUGGACCGAAAUUCGUGAUCUGAGCAACGAGGAGCUCAUAACCAUCAUUGAUCGAGAAAGAAAAAGACACUCGAAGGCCAACAACCAUGCCUAUGAUCGUCCUCAAUGCUCAAAGGUUACACUGCUAGAUGGGCGCACUGUGUACCGCUUAUGA